AAUCAAGCCUAAUGGAUAGAUCUUCCCAUCUCUACCUUCUUAUUACAUCACUCUUACUUCUUCAAUGGCUGAUUGAUUAUAGCUCAGCCAAAUCAGAUAUCAAUACUGAUCGUUCUUCACUUCUUGCCUUCAAAUCUCAAAUAUCUUUUGAUCCCCAUAAUAUAUUAACCAAAAAUUGGAGCUCUGGAAGCAAUAUCUGUAGUUGGAUCGGAGUUACUUGUGAUUCUCGCUAUCACAGGGUGACUCAGUUGAAUAUAUCUUCCAUGGGCCUUGUCGGAACCAUCCCACCUGAAAUCGGAAAUCUUUUUUUUCUUGUUUCUUUAGAUUUGAGCGAGAACUCUUUUCGUGAUCCUAUUCCUUCAUCUAUUUUCAACAUGUCAAGUUUAGAAGUUUUGAAAUUGAGGAAUAAUAGUUUGUCUAGUAGCCUAUCAAUUGAUAUGUGCAAAGACAAUCUUCAUAGGCUCAAGAGACUUCAUAUUUCUUACAACAAGUUGUUUGGGGAAAUACCAUCGAGUUUGGAGCAGUGUUCACAACUUGAGUAUGUUUCUUUAACAAGCAACAAUUUUAGUGGACGCGUGCCAACACAAAUUGGGAACUUGACAUUGCUUCAAGAGUUAUAUUUGAGUUCCAACAAUUUAAUUGGUAAUAUUCCAAAAGAGAUCGCUACUCUUACUAAUUUAGGAAGUUUGGAUCUGAGCAUCAACAACUUUGUCGGACACGUGCCAAGAAAAAUUGCGAACUUGCCAAUGCUUCAAUCAUUGGACCUUAGGACCAACAAGUUGAGCGGUAAUAUUCCAAAAGAGAUUGGUCAUCUUACAAAGUUACAAGGAUUGGGCAUGGGUUUCAAUGAGUUUUCAGGCCCUAUACCUGUAACUAUUUAGAGCAUGACUUCGUUGGAGUAUUGUGACCUUGCAUCGAAUCAUUUGAGUGGAUCGUUAUCAAGAGAUACCGGAAACAUGACAUCCCUUCGUAGAAUAGGCCUUGAAGAAAAUAAUCUAAUUGGUGAAAUUCCAAAAGAGAUCGGUCUUCUUACUAAUUUCGAGCGAUUGAGCAUGUGUUGCAACAAAAUUAAUGGUUCAGUGCCAAGAGAACUUGGGAACUUGACAGCCAUGAUUGGUAUAUACCUUCACAAUAAUGCUUUAAGUGGUCCUAUACCAAAAGAGUUGGGUCGUCUUGUUAAUUUGUGGGAGCUCCAAUUGAAUUACAACUUUCUGGUCAAUGGAUCAAUACCAAAGGAAAUGGGGAACAUGACAUCCCUGUCUUAUUUAUUGCUUUCUAGUAAUGAAUUAAGCGGUGAAAUUCCAAAUGAAAUAUUUCUUCUCAAUAAUUUAUUGGAUUUGAACAUUGGAAGCAAUCGACUUAGUGGAUCACUGCCGAGAGAAAUUGGUAACACAACCAUUCAAAAUAUGUGGAUUUACGAAAAUAAUCUAAGCGGUCCAAUACCAUCCACCUCUGUUAAUGAAUCAAGGCUGAUUAAUUUCGCACUACAUUCCCACAACUUGAAUGGAAAGAUUCCAGCAUCCAUUUGCAACUUGAGAUCCCUCAAAAUCCUCUAUUUGUCAAACAAUAGUUUGGAAGGAGCAGUCCCAGAUUGUCUUGGAAACAUGAGCACAUCUCUGUUAAUCCUUUAUUUGAAUGCAAAUAAACUUAGUGGUCUCAUCCAAUCAACAUUUACAAAGGGUUGCAGUCUUCCAAUUAAUCUGAAUGGAAACAGAUUGAAUGGAACACUGCCCCAAACCUUAGUUAAUUGCCAUCGUCUGUGGGACCUCGACAUUGGUGAUAAUGAAAUACGAGGUAAGUUUCCUGAUACGAGGGGACUCGUAUCGAGGGAUAACUGCGAGAGAUCGCAGAGAAGAUAUUGGUUCGUUCGCGGGAAGAUUCCCGUCGAGCAGCCAACUAUCGUUCAACUAAGGAUUUUGAUAAUGUAAAUUGCAGAGAAAAGUAAAAGACGAUAAAAGAUAAAUUAUAUUUCUUCAAUGAAUAAUUCAAAAGAUAACAGAGCUCCUAUUUAUACUAGGAAUAACCUAAACUUAAUGAUCAAGAAAUAGAUAUUCUAAUUAUAUAAGAAAGAUAUGGAAAAUCACUAUACUAAUUAAUAAAGAUAUGGGGAUAUU